GAGCACCUCGGAAAAUGGGAUGUUAACCAACACUUUCAUGAGGAAGCCCUCUUCACGAUGGUAUCCUAUUGUGAAAACCAGCUUGAUUGCCGGCGAACCCAAAUGCUAGCCCAUUUUGGCGAGGCUUUUGAUGCGGCUCAUUGCUGCCUGAUUGUUGGCUGUCUUUGUGAUAACUGCCAACUAGCUGAUCGGCGUCGGUUAGCACAACGAGACGUCACUGAAGACGCUAAGCUCGUAGUCUCCGCUGUGCAGCACUUUUUCAAUUCCCGGCGUAAUGUCACCAUCAACUAUUGCAUCGAACUAUUUAGAGGUAAGCUCAACCUAGUUUGA